AUGGAUGUGAUAGAGCCACACGUAUCGGCCCAGAUGGGGGCGGAGGCACGCUCAGACGGAUUGAUUGGAGACGGCAUUUACGAACUGCGCGUGAAGAUAUGGACACUAGUAUUGCCACAGUUUAUCGGCGAACCUCGGGAUUUUACUUCUCCUGAGCCUUCUCAUGCCGGUCGCUUAGACCCUGAAGGCACUGUACAAGAGGGGGCGAAGGUCAACAUGGAUAAAGCAGGUGAGGACAGGGCUACAAUAAGAGACGGUUCGGCUGUCAAGGCUACUUCAAUUCCACCAGCCUCUGGGCGACAGCAAAGCUAG